AGAGCGGCGGCGAGGAUGGAGAAGAGCAGCUUCGCCAUGGCCAAGUUCGGGCUGGAGCACAAGGAGGCGAUGCCGAAGCGCGAUUGCGGUUUUUACCUCAAAUACAUUUUCCUUUUCACCUCGCUGAUCCAAUUCCUGAUCAUCCUGGGGCUCGUGCUCUUCAUGGUGUACGGGAACGCCCAGGCGGGCACCGACACCCACCUGAGGCUCCUGGAGGAGCAGGUGCAGAGCCACUACCGCAGGAUUGUCACCCUGAGCGCCACCAACGCCAACCUGAGCCGCGCGCUCAACGCCACCCUGAAGGACAAGGACAAGCUGCAGGGGAUGGCGCUGAAGGUGCAGAGGGAGCUGGAGAAGUGUAACAGUAGCCAGGCCUCCAGCAGCAUCCCGCAGCUGCGGGAGCUCCUGUUCCGGCAGGUGAGGCUGACCGAGUGCCAGGUGAUCACCACCCUCAUCAACACCACCUGCAAUGCCGAGAAGCUGCAGCUGCAGCGGCAGCUGGACCAGGCCAGCUCAUCCAAGAAAAGCCUGGAGGACAGCGGGCGGCAGAGCCAGGCUGAGCUGGCCAAAGCCACCCGUGAGAGGGACAGGUGCCAGCAGGACCUGCAGAGCGCCAGGACCGAGGGCGACCUGAGCAGGAUGGAGCUGGAGGUGCAGAAACACCGCUGCAGCUCCCUGCAGAGCGAUGUGAGCGAGAAAAUCCUGAGGAUUUCGGAGCUGGCCAAGCAAUACCAGUGCAAAGAAGCCGAGAAGGAGCUGGGGCAGAUCCGGGACCGCGUGGAGGGGCUGCUGCGGCGGCAGCAGGAGCGCGACGCGCACUUCGUGUGGAGGAGCAGCUGUGAGCUGAGCGUGCAGCAGUGCCGCCACAACUGCUCCCGCGACACGCAGGAGCUGCACAAGAGGAUCCAGGGCCUGGAGAAGCGCGAGAAGGACGGCGAGGAGGAGAGGAAGAGGAUGCAGGCGGAGAAGGAGAAGGUGGGGAAGGAGCUGGAGGAGAAGAGGAAGGAGGCAGCGGCGACGGCGGAGUCACUGAGGCAGCAGCUCGGGGUCUGCAUGGGAACCAAGAUGUCCCACCUGGACCUGCCGGGCUCGCGGGUGCCGGGCAGCACCGCCCGCUCAGGCUCCUUCCCUGGCACGGGCACCUACAUGGAGCUCCUGAAGAACCCGGCCACCCUGGGCACCAUGGGAAUGCAGAACCCGGCAGAGCUCCAGCAGAUGCUGCAGCUGAUGGAGCAGUACACGGCCACCCUGAAGAACGCCAGUGGAUAACGCUGGAAAAUCCCAUGGAAAACCAGGAGUGCCGCCCAGGAAGUGCUUCCCGCAGUACGGAUGGCAACCCCUGCCCCAGGGCCACCCUCCCUCUGUCCCUUUGUCCCCGUGUCCCCAACCCCACCCCGUGUGUCCCCUCAGAUGUAUCCCUGCCUCUCGGCUGGAGCGGGACAACAGCUGGCCCCAAAUCUGGGGACAACUCGCUGCUCGUGUGGGUGGAAAUUCAUGGGAAAAUCGGGAAUUUUGGGAGCGGGAAUUCCACACAGAGGGGUGGGACACACCCGAGGGACAGGGAUGUCCUUGUCCUCAAAGGAUGGAGGACAGCGCUGCCCUUGUCCUCCCGCCCUGAAUUUGGGGACAACAUGCCACUCCUGCAGAUGGAAAUCCAUGGAAAAAUUGGGAAUUUUGGGAGCGGGAAUUCCGCACAGAGGGGUUGGACACGCCUGAGGAUGAGGCACAGGGAUGUCCUUGUCCCCAGAGGAUGAGGGACAGCGCUGUCCUUGUUCCCCAGCCCUGAAUCUGGGGACAACUCGCCACUUGUGUGGAUGGAAAUCCAUGGAAAAAUUGGGAUGGGGAGCGGGAAUUCCAUCCCAGCUCUGCACAGAGGGGUGGGAAAUGCCCAAGGACGAGGCACAGGGAUGUCCUUGUCCCCAAAGGAUGAGGGACCACGCUGUCCUUGUCCCCCUGGGCCCCCCCGGAGUGGGGCAGGAAUUUAUUCCCAGGAUUUAUUCCUGGGAUUUACGGCUGCGUUUCCUGUGGAAAAUCCUUUUCCUGCCCCGCCGUCCCUGCCCGC